CUCUCCGGUGGAGCUCCAGGAGUGCUGCGGGUCACUCCACAGGGCGGUGCGGAUCCCUCCGGAAUCGCUCCGGGUCCGGUGCGGUCUCUCCCGGGGCGGUGCGGGUUGUUGCGAGGGGCGGUGCGGUGGGAGGUGCGGUCCUUCCCGGGGCGGUGCUGUCCCCGGUCCCUGCCCCUGCCGGGCGCUGCUGUCUCUCCCGGGGUGCGGCUCCGGUGCUGCUCGGCCAUGCGGGCGGGCUGAGCGGCGCCGCCGCCGCCUGUCCCGGGCAAGGAUGGCUUCCAAUUUCAACGACAUCGUCAAGCAGGGCUAUGUGCGCAUCCGGAGCCGGCGGCUGGGGAUUUACCAGAGAUGCUGGUUAGUGUUCAAAAAAGCUUCAAGCAAAGGGCCCAAGAGGCUGGAGAAGUUCUCAGAUGAACGAGCUGCCUACUUCAGGUGCUACCACAAGGUCACAGAGCUCAAUAACGUGAAGAAUAUCUCGAGGCUGCCAAAAAGCACAAAGAAACACGCUGUGGGCAUUUAUUUCAGUGAUGACACCUCCAAAACCUUUGCUUGUGACUCAGAGCUCGAGGCAGAUGAGUGGUGCAAGGUGCUGCAGAUGGAGUGCCUGGGAACUCGGAUUAAUGACAUUAGCCUUGGAGAGCCUGACUUGUUGGCGUCUGGAGUAGAGAGGGAGCAGAGUGAGAGAUUCAAUGUGUAUUUGAUGCCAUCCCCUAAUUUAGAUGUGCAUGGGGAAUGUACCUUGCAGAUAACAUUUGAGAAUAUCUGUCUUUGGGACAUCCAGAAUCCCAGAGUCAAACUUGUCUCUUGGCCAUUAAAUGCCCUGCGGCGCUACGGGCGGGACCCAGCCUGGUUCACCUUCGAGGCAGGCAGGAUGUGUGACACAGGAGAAGGGCUCUUCAUCUUCCAGACCAGGGAUGGAGAAGCCAUCUACCAGAAGGUGCACUCGGCUGCCCUGGCCAUAGCAGAGCAGCACGAGCGGCUGCUGCAGAGCGUCAAGAGUUCCAUGCUGCAGCUGAAGAGGAGCGAGCGGGCUCUGUCACUGGGCACCGUGGUGCCCCUGCCCCGCAGCGCCUACUGGCACCACAUCACCAGGCAGCACAGCACGGGGCAGCUGCUCGGCCUGCCAGAUGUCUCCAGCCCAGUGAAGCUCCAUCGCACGGACACUUUCCCAGCCUGCAGGUCAGAGCAUUGA